CCUCUGUCUCUCCCUGUUCCUCUUUUUUGGUACCUGGAGAACAAACUGACCCUUCAAGUUCAAGUAAUCCUUCAAGCUUUGAUACUAGUGCAUUAAAGCCUCAAGUGGAGCAUAGUUGAAAUUGGAGCUAGAACAAUGGGAGGGGGAGAUAGCUUUAAUAGUACUUGGCCUCCCGUUGGAGCUCCUUUGUCGAAUGUGCAAAGAGAUGAGCACUGGAGCAAUUUUGACAACUCGGUUAGUGCGGUGUCGUUUGGUUUUGUAGCUACUGCAAUUCUAAUUUCUAUGUUCUUGGUUAUGGCCAUAUUUGAGAGAUUCCUCAGACCCACAUCAACUGCCGGUGGUCGGGGACAUGGUGACCUGGAGUCCCAGACCGAUUUCAAUGGAAAGCUUGGUCACCCUUCACCCAAAAUGACUGUGUAUGCCAGUGGAGUUUCAGUCCUGAUGCCCGGAGAUAACAUUCCCAGCUUCAUUGCACACCCAGCCCCCGUGCCUUCUCCUCCGGAACGAAAUCCAUGGCCUCACCAUCAACACAAUCCAUCUCCCAGCCCCACCAGAAAUUCAACUUCAUGACAAGAAAGUUAGACUUCGCAGACUGCUCGACACACGGCUGCAAUAGGAUAGUGAAAUUGUCUUCACCAGGCAUGCGAAAGCAAGCACGCUGAUUCUGCGUUAAGGGAAUGAAAGCCAUUUUUACCAAGAGUUCUUUUAUGCUGUGUACAUAAUAUUAGUUUUUGAUGGGUUGGUUGGCUUGGCAUCUAUAUUUUUAUAUCCAAUGUGAUGGAGCAAGCCUCUACCCAUGGUCAGGUAGCUUUGUAUUCUCCCAUCUCUUUUUUAUGUUCGAAAAUUUUCAGAAUGUUAUCUGGAUUCUUGAAAGAUGGGACUUGAGUGACCAGUAAAUGUAUCAGUCUGUGAAAGGGGAAUGUAGUUUCCUAGUUGGAUUGCAAUUCCC